GCACAUACAAGCAGGCCACAAGUACGUGAUUGUCACGUGACCGGCAGUGACGUCACAUUUUCCCCUUGAACUCUAAACACAGCGCAGUAGCGUGACCGGAAGAAGGAAGUGAAGAGCAGAAGACGUGACUGAGCGGUGGCUUGUCAAGAAUAAAGUAAAAUGGCUUCUUACACUUGCAUCACAUGCCGAGUAGCUUUUGCUGACCCUGAAAUUCAGAGAGCUCACUAUAAGACUGACUGGCACAGAUACAACCUAAAGAGGAAGGUGGCAGACAUGCCCUCAGUAACAGCAGAGAAUUUCCAAGAACGUGUUCUAGCCCAGAGAGCUGUUGUAGAGGAACAGAGCAAAGAAACGGCCACCUACUGUACCGCCUGCUGCAAGAGGUUUUCCACAUACAGUACCUAUGAAAACCACCUGAAGUCCAAAAAGCACCUGGACCUAGAGAAGAAGGCAGCUGAAGCAAUUGCAAAGAAGGUUGAGAUGUUGAAUGAGAAGAACCUGGAGAAAGGCAUAAGGGCAGAAAAUGUAGAUAAAGAUGCCUUGAAUACCGCAAUCCAGCAGGCUGUGAAAGCACAGCCAUCUUCAUCUCCCAAAAAGAAAGCCAGCAUUAAUCAAGAAGGAGACACAGCUAUUCCUGGCAAACAAGAACAGACCAAAAUAAGACCAGACAAGCCCCCCAGAAUGCAAUGGUAUGAACAGCAAGCCAAGAAACUGUCAGCUCUGGAGGAUGAAGAAGAGUCUGUGGAAGAGGAGGAAGAUUGGGAAGACAUGGAUUCAGAUGGGGAUGAAGAAGAUAUCGAUGAGGAGAUGGAGGAUGAUGAUGGAGCUGAUGAAGCCGCUUGUGCACCAGCAGAUGAGAGCACAACUUCUCCCACUGGAUCUAUUCCUAUCACGGACUGCUUGUUUUGCCUACAUCAUUCUUGUUCUUUAGUGAAGAAUGUCGCCCAUAUGACUCAAGUCCAUGGCUUCUUUAUUCCAGAUCUUGAAUACCUCCAGGAUCUCGAGGGUCUCAUUCACUACUUAGGUGAGAAAGUCGGUUUUGGGAAGAUAUGUCUGUGGUGUAAUGAAAAGGGAAAAUCCUUCUACACCACAGAGUCGGUGCAAGCUCACAUGAAUGACAAGGGACACUGCAAGCUCUUCACAGAUGGAGAUGCUGCUCUGGAGUUUGCAGACUUCUAUGAUUUCAGACCCAGUUAUCCAGAUCACAAAGACGAUGUAGAAAUGACUGACCAAGAACUGCCACGAGACAAAGCUUUCGAAUACAAUGAGGAAACUAUGGAAUUGGUCCUGCCAUCUGGUGCCAGUAUUGGUCAUCGGUCACUAAUGAAGUACUACAAACAGAAAUUUGGUGUGUCCAGAGCUGUGGUUGUAUCCAAAAACCAAAGAGCUGUCGGCAGGGUCUUACAGCAGUACAAAGCCUUAGGCUGGACUGGAGGGACUGGUGGCCUUCAGCGUGGCGGUGACAUGCGGUAUGUGCAGAAGAUGAAGUCCAAAUGGAUGCUAAAAACAGGAAUGAGCAAUAAUUCUACAAAGCAGAUGCACUAUAGGCCCCAAGUUCUAUUUUGAGGCCUUAAUAUGUUUGGUUAACAGAGAUGAAUGGACAUCGGAUAAUUCAGCCAGGUUGUGGUCUACAGUCCUACUUGAAUAUGCUUUGUCUUGUGGCUGAUGUAUCAGAGAUGUUACAGAAGUAAAAAAAAAGGUGGUGUAUAUAUAGGACCUCCCUUGUAAGACCUCUUCAGGAGUGGGUGUCCUUAUACACGAACAUGUGACAGCUGACUUAUGUUAACAGAUUGUAUAAGGCAUAAACUGCAAAUCCUAAAAUUACCUGGUAUAUUGUAUACAUGAUGGUAAGAAAGUUUAAAAGACAAAGAAAUAGAAACUACAUACGUAUGUACAGAUGUAGAUUUUAGCUUCAAGGCUUUGUUGUAUUGAUGAAAGAAAACCUUAAAGGUUUUCAUUAUGUUUUACUGGAAGUCUUGAAGUAGCUGAACUUCUGGCCUUAAAAAAAACAAACAAAAAAAACUUAAUGAAUGUUUAAGAUACUGUUAAUCUAAAUAAAACUAUUGCAAUAAAAAAUUAUUAGUAUCAUUAU